AACCUGGUGAAGCUCUUCGAGGAGAGGUCGGCGAGCAUGGCCACUCUCAGGCCGUGGCCAGAGGAGGUCGAGUUCAAGGACGCGGAGUGGCCGUGCGCGAGAGCUGUGUUCGUGGGCCUCCACCUCGAGCGCAGCGGCGGGGCCGGCCUCGACGGCGCCGCGCGCCGCUCGUUCGACCUGCGCGAGCCGAUCGUGAAGCUGCUGGAGGCUGUCUCCGGGUGGUCCCAGGCUGAGGCGAACCAUGGACAGUUCGAGCUCUUGAUUAGGCACGUUCGCCUGGCCGAGCUGGAGCAGUGGCUGGAGCUCCAGCGGGAGGGUCGUGUUCGGCCAGGCUCCGAGAAGCUGGGGCCGCUGCAGCUGCCGGCGCCGGGGGAGCUCGAGGGGGAGGCCUCGGGGGAGCUGGGCGCGGAGGCCGACGACGGGCAGUUCCGGCACGCCUCCCUCUGA